AUGAAGUGCCGUGUAAUAGUGUUAAUUGUUCUUUGUUUGAUAUGUAUCUCGCAACAGAAAUCGACACCAGAAUCGGACAGUUAUGUGGCAGCGGUACUUGAAUACCAGUUCACAAGAAACACCUCGACAAAUUUACAGAACUACCUGUAUUAUAUACAGCAAGCGGCGGCACAGGAUGUCGAUAUCAUGGUGUUCCCUGAAAUGACACUUACUCGAGGUACUAAUGUGAGGGUGCCAAUACACGGCCUGCUGAAGGACCACAUACCAGCACUGUACCCAGAUCUAUUCGAUGAGGUUCUAGUGUCACUCUCAUCUGCUGCUCGGCAACACAACAUUUACUUAGUAGUGAACAUACAAGAAGAAAUGGACUGCAACAACUCUCCUGAAGAAUUCUGUCCUGAACAGAAGACCUAUAUCUUUAAUACAAACAUUGUGUUCGAUAGGGCGGGCGCAGUUAUAGACAGAUAUCGCAAAACAAAUCUUUUUAAUGAAUACAAUCGCUCCCCAGCGUUACGUCCAGAGCUGGGAUUGUUUUCCACAGACUUUGGCGUUCGGUUCGGCCACUUUAUAUGCUUCGAUUUGAUGUUUCAAGUACCCGCUACCCAAGUUGUACAGAGCUACCAUCUCAGAGACAUAAUCUUCAGUACUAUGUGGUUCUCUGAAAUGCCUUUUCUGACUGCUGUCGAGUUUCAAGAGUCAUAUGCAUACACCAUGGGAGUUAACUUCAUAGCAGCUGGUGCUAAUAAUGUCAAGGUGGGAAGUGCUGGCUCCGGAAUAUACUCUGGAAAGACCGGAGCACUCAUCAGCAUUAUGCCGGCAGAAUCAAAAACACGACUACUUGUAUCUCGAGUGCCCAAACUUCCGGGACAUCCAACAUUUAAAUGGCCAGGCCCGAUCUACGACGACCCGACGGCACCUGAUGAGCUGCUCCUCAAUAAAGACGUGCACCUACAGACAUCUACCUCUAGACUUCUACGGCCGGGCUCACAGGAAUUCACACUCGUUGACAAAGAUGUUAGAUGCGUGUUCAGAAUCAAGAUGAACAGAACAUCUGAUACUACGAAAAAGGUCCCACAUUUCCGUGCGUUUGUUAAAGAUGGAACGAACGUAUAUGCACACCGGCAAGUGGGUGUAGUGUAUUGCGGAGUGGUCGCAUGCGAAAACGAAGAAGUUUCCAGCUGUCCAUACAGAUAUAAAGAAGAAGAAAAGCUCACAGAAUUCGAAGUGUUAGAAAUUAAAAUGACCUCGUAUCCCACUCAAUAUAAUGUCUCAUUACAGUGUGAUAAUGUAGUUUACUAUCCCACCUCUUUAAAAUAUAAUAAGUUUCCUUUAGAACCGCAAGAUUUCGAGUACAGAAAGUGGGAAUAUAGCGACUUCGAUUUACUCGUUUAUAGUUUAGCUAGACCCCAGGAUGAAUUGAUUUCGUUUGCUCUUUGGGGUAGAGCUUAUUUAAGAGAUGUACAGUUAAAGGACGAGGCCUCCGAAGAAGAUGUAAUAAACAGUAUAUUAUCAGAAAAUCUAAUCUUCAGCUAUGCUGAUGAGUCGUAA